AUGGAGCCGCCGCGGCCGCGCUACUGCGCCCCGUCCCCGCCGCCGGGUCGCGGCGGGCGGGAGAACAAGGGGCUCCGUCGGAAGGGCCCGCCGGGCACCGGUACCGCCGGGGGCCCCGAGGAGGCGGCGGACAGCAGGAAGCCCAAAUUCCACUUAAAUAUCAAGACACUGACAGAUGAUGUGUUGGAUAGAUUUGCCAGUAUAAGAAUUCCAAGAAGUAAAAAAGAAAGACCUCCUCUGCCACAUAUGAAGCAGUCACACUCUACAGAUUGGUCAUCCACACCCAUGGACCUGGAGGAUUUUGCUACAAAACCACUGUCAGAAAGGGAAAUCAUAGCACUGUUUGAAAAAAUGAUGGAGGAUAUGAAUUUAAAUGAAGACAAGAAGAUGCCGUUGAGAGAAAAAGAUUUUAAUACCAAAAAAGAAAUGGUGAUGCAAUAUAUUAGCACUGCUUCCAAGUCUGGAAGUCUCAAGAACAGUAGGAAGAUUUCUCCCCAAGAAUUUAUUCAGGAUUUAAAAUCUGGGUCAACGGAUGAAAGACUAGUCACUUGCUUAGAAUCUCUCCGUGUGUCCUUGACUAGUAAUCCUGUCAGCUGGGUUGUAAACUUUGGCCAAGAAGGUCUGGGAUUGCUGUUGGAUGUUUUGGAACGAUUGGUUGAGACAAAAAAUCAGGACAGACUUGUGAAAAGGAGUCAGCAUAAAGUUAUACAGUGUUUGAAAGCCUUCAUGAAUAAUAAGUACGGGUUGGAAAGAAUUUUGGGAGAAGAGAGGAGCCUUUUGUUGCUGGCCAAAGCAAUUGAUCCCAAGCAAACUAACAUGAUGACGGAUAUAGUUAAACUCUUAUCGGCAAUGUGCAUUGUUGGGGAGGAAAACAUCCUUGAAAAAAUAUUGGAAGCUGUAACAGCAGCAGCAGAGGAGAGGAAUGUUGAUAGAUUCUCUCCUAUUGUAGAAGGUCUUCAGGAUAAUUCAGUUCAGCUGCAAGUAGCUUGCAUGCAGCUCAUCAAUGCUCUUGUUACAUCUCCUGAUGACUUGGAUUUUAGGCUUCACAUCAGAAAUGAAUUUAUGCGCAGUGGAUUGAAAGAGUUAUUACCACAACUACGAUAUAUAAAGAAUGAAGCACUAGAUAUUCAGCUGAAAGUGUUCAAUGAGCAUAAAGAAGAAGACAUGAUUGAAUUCUCUCAUCGUUUAGAAGAUAUUAGAUCUGAACUAGAUGAAGUAAAUGAUGUUUACAACAUGGUGUGGAAUACAGUAAAGGACACUAGUGCUGAAGGAUAUUUUCUUUCUAUUCUCCAACAUCUUUUGCUGAUAAGAAAUGAUUAUUUUAUCCGUCCACAGUAUUUCAAAUUAAUUGAAGAGUGUGUAUCACAGAUAGUGUUACAUCGAAGUGGAACAGACCCAGAUUUCACGUAUCGUAAGAGAUUAGAUAUAAAUUUCAGCCACUUACUAGAUGUCUGUGUAGAUAGAGCAAGAUUAGAAGAAUGUGAAGAGAAGGCUUCUGAACUUUCCAGAAAAUUUGAAAAAGAUUUUGUAGUUCAUCAGGAGACCCAGGCCCUGCUUCAAAAAAAAGAGGAAAGAAUCAAUGAACUUGAAAAAGAAUUACAAGCUUUUAAAUCACAGUAUGGCUCUCUGCCACCUGGUUUUCUACCAUCAACUCAUGGAGAUGCAUCUGUUGUUCCACGGGAAGGUGCAGGACCACAUCAAUUUCCACCCCCUCCUCCUCCACCGCUGCCUUCUAAUGGAGCAAUUCCACCACCACCGCCUCCCCCUCCUCCUCCACCGCUUCUGAAUAGCUCGGGAGCUCCUCUGGGUUUUGGUGGUGCUCCUCCACCACCACCUCUGCCAGGCCUGCCUGGAAUACAGUGGUCCCCACCUUCAUGUGCUUUGCCAUUUGGAAUGAAGCCUAAAAAAGAAUUCAAACCUGAGGUUACCAUGAAAAGACUCAACUGGUCUAAGAUCAGACCUCAGGAGAUGACAGAAUCCUGUUUUUGGGUUAAGGCAGAAGAAGACAAGUAUGAGAAUGCUGACAUGCUUUGCAAAUUGGAACUUACAUUUUGUUGUCAAAAAAGAGUAAAAAGAGAGGAGGAGGAUUUUGAAGAAAAGAAAUCCAUUAAGAAACGCAUCAAAGAAUUAAAAGUUUUGGAUCCUAAGAUUGCACAGAAUCUGUCAAUUUUCCUUGGAUCUUUCCGAGUGCCUUAUGAAGAGAUCAAAAUAAUGAUAUUGGAAGUAGAUGAAACACAGCUCUCAGAGUCCAUGAUUCAGAAUUUAAUAAAACACCUCCCUGAACAAGAGCAAUUGAAUGCAUUGUCCAAGUUCAAGAACGAGUAUAACAAUUUGUCUGAGCCAGAGCAGUUUGGUGUUGUGAUGAGCAACGUGAAGAGACUACGGCCACGGCUCAGUGCUAUUCUUUUUAAGCUUCAGUUUGAGGAGCAGGUGAACAACAUCAAACCUGACAUCAUGGCUGUCAGUGCUGCCUGUGAAGAGAUAAAGAAGAGUAAAAGCUUUAGCAAGCUACUGGAACUAGUAUUGUUAAUGGGAAACUACAUGAAUGCAGGUUCUCGGAAUGCACAGACCUUUGGAUAUAAUCUCAGCUCGCUAUGUAAACUGAAAGACACAAAGUCAGCAGACCAGAAAACAACAUUGCUUCAUUUUCUUGUAGAAGUGUGUGAAGAAAGCUAUCAGGAUGUCCUGAACUUUGUUGAGGAUUUUCAGCAUUUGGAUAAAGCUAGUAAAGUCUCAGCAGAAAACCUGGAGAAGAGCCUCAAGCAUAUGGAGAGGCAGCUUCAACAGCUUGAGAAGGAUUUGCAGACUUUUCCAGUUCCUGAAGAUAAGCACGAUAAGUUUGUAGCAAAAAUGUCAAGCUUCCUAGUUCAUGCCAAAGAAGAUUUUCAGAAACUUUCACGGAUGCACGAGAAUAUGGAAAAACUCUAUCAGAAUGUGAUGGGGUAUUUUGCCAUUGACCUGAAGAAAGUUUCAGUGGAGGAGUUUUUAACGGACUUAAACAACUUCAGGAUGAUGUUCAUGCAAGCAGUAAAAGAAAAUAUGAGGAGAAGGGAAGCAGAAGAAAAACAGAGACGUGCUAAAAUAGCUAAGGAGAAGGCAGAAAAAGAAAAACUAGAGAGACAACAAAAGAAAAAACGCUUGUUAGAAAUGAAAACAGAAGGUGAGGAGACUGGAGUGAUGGAUAGCCUGUUGGAGGCCUUGCAGUCAGGUGCGGCUUUUCGAGACCGAAGGAAAAGGACACCAAGGUCCAGAGACACACCACAAAAUCUCAGUCCAACCACACAGCGGCCUGUGCUGAAAGCUUGUAACCAUGAGAACCAGAAAGGACAGCCAGAGAAGCCGUGUUCACACCACAGUAUCACUUUAAACUCAACAAGAAGCCCAGUCACCAAAGAAGUUACAUAUGAUGUGGAAACAAGUUCUAAGGUGUUGAACAGGGCUGUUGGGAGAAAGGAAUCCUGUCAUGGAGAAGGUGGCAAAGAGAAGAAAAUGGAUCGUAUCGGGUCCCCUCCUAAGGGAGAAGCCAUUCCAGAAGUAGAAGCUCUCUUGGCAAGACUGCGAGCACUAUAGAAUAAUCAUAUAAUGGAUUAAAUAAAAGUUAAAAACA